UUGUAAACAUUAAUUUCCAAACUGUCCGCGGGUUCUCCACAUUUUCUCUUUUUCGCCGGUCAAAUACGGAUAGUUCCGGUUCUAAGCAUGGUUAACAAAGCAGAAACUACCAAUGAUCGAGAUGGCAACGAUAAGAAGCGCAGAAAAACAUCGGUCAACGAAACAACCUCACCGGUUAAAUUGUCCAAGGAGGAUUUGUACGCGAAUACAAUUGCAUUUGAGGAACGCGAAGCGUCCAAACGAGCCCCGGAAAAGGAUGCGCAACUGUUCCACAGUACGUGUGACGAGUUGCGAGCGCUGUUCGACGAUAUAGCCGCACUGAAGAAGGAAAACUCGGAAGAAUCACGCGCCAAGAUUGCCGAAAAGCGCGUCGAAGGUUCGCUGGCUUUCAUCACCUUGAAAAAGCUAAACCGACUAGACAAGGUGCGCAUUCGUGAUGGUAAAGAAGCGCUACACAAGGAAAAGCUACGCGUGGACAGCAAUCGGCUUCAGUUGCAGAACUUACUUUACGAGGCGGAUCAUUUACGCAAAGAGGUGCAACGUUGCUAUCUGUUCAAAAGUCAGGACGAGGAAAUCGAACUGGUACCGGAGACAGAAUUUUAUGAUAAGGCUCCCGAGUCCAUUUCACGUCCGGAAAAAACCAAACAAGAUGAACACGCCCGGCGAAUUGCUCGCUUGGAAUGGGAAUUGCAACAGCGCAAAGAACUGGAUGCACUUUGCAAGGAACUACAGGGUUCCAAGGCUAAAGUGGCCGAAGAUAUCAUUUCCAAAACGGAACGACUGGAAUCGUUGGCUCCGAGGUUGAAAGAUUUAUUGGCUGCCACCAGGCCACUGCAGGAUGCUUUAGAUAUGCCAAUCGAAAAGGGAUGGGAAAUACAGAAAACAGUCCGUUUGCUGGUUCAGCCUCUGUACGUUCUGUAUGCUAAUGUCAGCGCUUAUGGCGAAGCUUGUGACCCUCUAGUAUCAACGACUGUACAAGGUGACGAAGAGGAAGCCCGUCAAGUCGAGAUAACUGGAAAUUUGAACUGCGAAUCCGAUGACGAAGCGUCAGAAAACGGUGAGCGCGAGUCCCGGGGAAGUUACAACCGUCGUAAGGCUGCCAAACAGCAGGACCCCUUGAGACAGAAGCGCAAAGCUCUGGUCAAACCUCAUCCUUUGAGCGUUGUUAUUACUAUUAAAAGCAAGGAAGGCAAAGAGUCACUUGCAUUGACGUUCCAGUAUCUACCGAAUGCCGGUUUUGUAACGGUCAAAUGUUCGCUGGUAGAUUUUCAAGUUUCUGGCGUGGCUGCCGGGGAUGUAAUGUCUCACGAGAAUAUUCUUAAUGCCCUGUUCUCGGAGGACAAUGGCGAUGGUAGUCCAAAUCCGAAAACAAAAUUCCAACUACAGGAAUACGGUAUAACCAUGGAUAAAUUUUACUCGAUGAUGAACGAUAAGGAUCUUGGAAAGCCUUACAAAUGGGCUCAAGAAAUGUGCGGAAUAGAGUUCGUCAAUUCAGGAGAAAAGUUCAUCACUUCUAGUGACAAAUGGCAGAUAACCAUACCAGCUACAAUUAAAGCGAUCCGUGCAAGAUGGGAAGCUCGCUUGAGACUCUAUCAACAAGUUCACGAACUCGAAACCGGAAUCGUGGACACAUCCAUCAAUACUGAGCACAACAAUCCGAUUCGCAUUUCAAGCACCCUGGUUCAGUGGACGGCUCUUUCCCAUGCAGAAUAUUGUGCUUCAAAUGUCACUAAGAAAUUCCUUGAUCAAAAUUUGGCUGGUCGUAAUGAUUUGUACUUCCGGGCAAUCGUCACCCGUGGUUCGGCAAAACUAGAGUGUUACAUCUGCGUUCCCUGCAGCUUCCCCGAGAGCACUCCUCUUUGGUCGCUGUCGCUGAACUGGAACGGGAAACAUUCCGCUGCGGAUAAUGCAUCCGUUAGGGACAUGGAAUACUGGACGAAUAGUUUGGAGGCACCGAAGCACCCAAAAACUAUCCUUUCCUGGCAGCUAAAGCGUGCCAUGUCGUGUUUGGAUAUUUUCCUGGAAACCGAAGGACCCUUCUACACGCCGGCAGAGUUCACCCAGGACAAGACGUAUCUGAAAUCGUUCCGGGGACGUCCCCGUUAUAGGCCGCUUCGUAUCGCUUCCAAUGGGAGCAGUUCCGUGUUUACCCAGAUUUGAAGUAUGAAAAGUGAGGAAUUGGGUUUUCACAUGAUUUAGAAAAUUAAGAAAGGUGAUUCAAAUAUAUUUGUUUGACCAAUUAA